AAAAACAUUGCAAAACAUUGGGUUUUAAUUUUAAUAAAAAUUAACAAAACUCAAGAUUAAUUGUGGAACAUAGUGAAGAAAAAAUAACACAAUUUAAUUCAGCAUACAAUAGAAUAAAUUAAAAAAAAAAAAUACAUUUGUUGUACAUCUAGCCUCUUAAAACACUGGCUCCAAAAACGAUUUACAUCAUUGACCAUGUGGUUACGUCUUCUUAUCUUUUAGAAUGAAAAAUAAUUAUUUAGAUAAGGUACAUGUGUAAAUACAAAAUUAAUAAAUAAUCAAUACACAAUGUCAUCAACAAAUAAAACUUCAUACUCUCCAAAUGUAAAUGGAACCUGUAAAAAAAAUCUCCAAAAUGAAAAUACAGUUGAUAAUAUAUUUAUGCAGGCUUUUUAUCAUUGUACUGAUCUCUUGGAAGAAAACAUCAACAUUGUUGAUAAUUUUGAUAAACCAAUAUCUAAAAGAUCACUAAUUUAUGGUAAAAAAAUGUUUGAAUUUAUGCAAAAUACUCGAAGAAAAUUGAUUGAUGAACAGAAUGAACGUUUAAACAAAUUAUUGAGUAUUAAAAAUGAACAAAAAAACAAUAAUUUAUUAGAAUGUUGGGUUUAUAUAAAUUCAAAAGAAAAAAAUGCAGCUGAAAAUUUUUUAAAACCAAAACAACUUGAAAUUAAACAAGAAAUAGAAGUCAAUGUAAUUGAUGGUUCAGAGGCUGAAGAUAAUAAUAAUAAUAAUAAUGAUAAUAAUAAUGAUGAUGAUGGUAAUGAUGAUGACGACGAGUUGCCAAGUAGAAGAAUGACAACUAGACGUUCAGUGAGACCAUCAUCCUCAAUUUUAUGUGAUGAAAAUAGUGACAACGAUUUUGACUGUGAUGAUGAUCAAGAUGAAGAUUAUUCAGCUGAUGAUAAUAAUAAUUAUGAUUCUGAUGAUUGUCAUGAUUUAAAUGACAGUAGUGACAAUGAAAAUGAUGAUUCAAGUAUAAAUAAUUCAAGCUUUGAAAAAAGUACCAAUAAAAGAUCCAGACCAAUUAAACCACUUGGAGAUAAAAAUAAAAAAACAAACAAAGAAAGAGAAAAAGAUAAAGAAGUUUUAUUUCAAUGUCGUUCUAAAAAACCAUCUACGUCAAUUCCUUAUGAGAUGAAAGUAAAAGUACUUAAAUUAUUAGAUAAAAAUCCUGACUGGAGUUUAAAACAAUUACGACAACACAGUGGAUGCUCAAAAAUUCAGGAUCAUCAUCAGCUUCGUAAAUGGAAAGAUCAAGUAAAAAAGUAUGAAGAAAGUAAAUCAUCUAAAUCACCAAAACAAAGAGAAUUUAUUCCGCUUGAUAUGAAAAUUAAAAUUGUUAAUAUGGCUAAAAAACAUCCAGAAUGGUCAAUAAAAACAUUACAAGAAAAAACUGGUUGUCCUUUAAUUGAACGUCGUCAACAACUUAAUUUAUGGAAUGAACAUAUUCAAGCUGGUGGUUCUCAAAAAGAAAGAAAUCAAAAAAUAUUUAAAUGGAUAUAUGAAAAAUGUAUUGAGAAAAAAAAACAAAAUAACAAAACUAAAAUUACAACCAAUGAAAUUAUGGAAUGGUCAUAUGAGGCACAUAAAUUAUUUUUUCCAAACAUUCCUAUAAAAUAUAAAAAUAGAACAAAUGAAAAAUCUUCAUGGGUAGCAAAUUUUAAAAGAUAUUAUCCUGAUUAUCAAGUAUCUGAUGAUGAAGAAAGCGAUGAGUUAAAUAAAGAAAAUAAUCCAGAUGAAUCAACGGCUGUAAAGAAAAAAAAAAAAAGAACUUCAACUUAUAAAUUAGAGCCAGUAUCAAAUGAAGAUAAAAUUAAAGUAAUUAAAUUAGUCAAUGAUAAUCCAAAUUGGUCAAUGGAAAAAAUACGUCAAGUUAGUGGUUGUUCAAAAGUUUAUAAUAGAAAACAAGUAUUAUCAUGGACUAAAUCAAUAAAACAUGGUUCACAUUUUGAUAAAAAAAAUGAAAGAGAUCGUUUGGUAUAUAAAAAAUGUAAAAAAUAUACUGAAAAUGUUAAAAAGAAAUUUAGUAAUGAUCUAUUAUGUCAAUGGGGUAAAGAGGCAAAUAAAAUUAUUAUACCAAAUGAUGAUAAUAAUCUGAUGUUUUCAAUUGGAGAAAAAUGGUUAACUAGAUUUAAAGGUGUAUAUAAAAUAAUUGGUAAAUCACCAAAUCUUCAAUUGUCCAAGGAAUCACCUGGUGAUAAAAAUAAAACAACUGGUACUGUUUCAAGAAAAAAUAAUUGUUCAAAUGAUGAUACAGAUGGUGAUGAUGAUGAUGCAUCAAAUGAUAUAAGUAAAAUUGAUAGUAAUGUACUUGCUGAUAAAGUAAAACGUAAACCAAGAUAUUUUGCUUCAUAUGAUGAAAAAAUAAAAGUAUUAAAAACAUUUAAAAAACAUCCUGGUAUAUCACUUGAAGAAUUAAAAAAAAAAACUGGAUGUAAAUAUCUUUAUACGAUAAAUCAAUUAAAUCGUUGGGUUGAUCAUGUUAAAAUUGGUGGUUCAUUUACAAAUAAAAGAACAAAAAUUUGUCGUUCAGUUUAUGCUAAAUGUAUUGAGUACAGAGAUAAAAAUAAAAAAAUAACAUAUGGUUUAUUAAGAAAAUGGGCAAAUGAAGCAUACAAUAAAAUGCCUGAUGAUGCAAAGAAAAAUAUGAAAUUUUGUGCAUCUACAACAUGGAUUUUAAAUUUUAAAAAAAAUUAUGGUAUUUUUGGAUUACCAACAGAUUUAAAAAUUGGUGAUUUACCUGCUGGAAAUAAUUUAAAUGUUAAUAACAAUGGUGGAGGGGAACAGUCAUCUGAUAAUGUUGCAUUAAUUAAAUCAUUCAAACCAGCAAAACCAACGUGUACCAGAAUUCCACUUGAUACAGCAAUGAAAGUUUUAAAUUUAUCGUAUAAACAUCCAAAUUGGGAUUUAAAAAAAUUACGAAAAUACAGUAAAUGUCGUAAACUUGUUUCAUUUAAUCAACUACUACGUUGGGAAAAAAUUAUAAAAAAUAGCAAAACAUUUAGUAAAAAGUGUGAAUCAAUGGAUCGUUGGAUUUUAGCUAGAUGUAUUGAAUACAAAAAUAAAAAUUAUUUAAUAACAGAUAAAAUAAUAAUUGGUUGGGCACUUGAAGCUAAAAGAAUAUUUUGUAAUUUAAGUGCAAAUCAUUUUGCAACUGUGCCAUGGUUAAAUAAUUUUAAAUCAAAAAAUAAAAUUACUGGAGAAUCAUCAGAUCUUAAAAUACGAAAUUAAAUAUUUAUUUAAUUUCAUUA